CCCCCUGUUUUUGCAACAGCCCUCUGCGCCAAUACCAGCGUGCAGCUGAAGCUUAAAGGAUUAUGUGCAUCUAUGUGCAGGGGAAGUCACGUGUAUACACAAAGUUCGGUGCCGCUACCGAGGGCAGCGCAGCGGCAUCAGCGGUCUUUUUCUAAGCUCUCCCGUUAUUUCCUCCUACUAGAGAGAUGAGAUAUUGGAGUUUCUGCUGAGCUCACUUUGAAAAGGGUCUGACUUGAUGGGCAAAAUGUUUCUGCCAACCAUCAAGGAACAACAAGGCACUGCCUACCAGAAGAGCUGGUAACCAGCGGAGAAGAUACAAAAGCUGAAAUCACUAUGUGGAGCUGUGAAACCUUAAACAACAGUACCGAGAACAGCGAGGACCAGCACCUCUGCCAUGACUUCCACCUUGUGCUUUCCAUCUUUUCCCUACUCUACCUCAUUAUAUGUUUCCCAAUCGGCCUUUGUUACAAUGGCUUGCUGGUCCUAGUUAAUCUCUAUAACAAAGCUACUAUGACUAUGCCAGAUGUUUACUUUGUCAACAUUGCCAUUGCUGGUCUCAUCAUCAACGCUCUGGCACCGGUGUACCUUCUAGGUCUUGCCAAUAUGAAAUGGGCCAUCUGGAAUUCCAACAAUGAAGUUUAUAUUACCUUACUUAUUUUGUUCAACGUCUCAUCUUUAGUUACCAUGUACUCUACUACAUUGCUCAGUCUGGACUACUACAUUGAACGUGCUCUACCUAGAACUUAUAUGUCAAGCGUGUACAACACCAAACACGUUUGUGGAUUCAUAUGGGGUGGUGCCAUGCUUACAAGUUUUUCAUCUCUCCUGUUCUAUGUCUGCAAUCAUGUAUCCACUAAAAUAAUUGAAUGUUCCAAGAUGCAGAACAAAGAAGCAGCAGAUGCCAUUAUGGUCUUUAUCGGGUAUGUUGUACCAGCUAUCGCUGUACUGUAUGCACUUACAUUAAUCUUGCGAAUACGCAAAGAGGCUACACCGCUGGAUCAAGACACUGGACGAUUAGAUCCAUCGGUGCACAGGCUUUUGAUUGCCACAGUCUGUACGCAGUUCACGUUAUGGACACCCUAUUACGUUAUUCUUUUGGUAAGCACAUUUACUAAUGCACAAGGAAGAAUUGCAGAUGAAAACUAUAGUCGAAUAUUACAUUUUACCAAGAUUUUAUCAAAGUUCUUGGCUUUCUCAAGCAGCUUUGUAAUGCCUCUGCUCUACAGAUAUAUUAACAAAAACUUUCCCAACAAAUUACGACGCUUGCUUAAAAAGAUACACUGUGGGAAUCAAGGGUGUUCUCAUGAACGCACAGUAGUACAGCAAGUUAUGACGUAGGUAUGAAAGAACACUCUGGUGCUCUGUUACUGCAGUACUUCGCAUACUUCGUACUGGGACUGUGAUAUUGCUGUGGAGUCAUUAAUGUGAGAGUCCCAACCAAGAGGCUAGAAGGAGUUUCCAUUACAGUUAAAUGAAACAGUCUUAAUUUUCAAAUAGUUAAUUGUUCGCUGAAACCUUGUGAGACUCUGGCCUAUGUGCUGUAAUAACCUGUGACAUCUAAUACUUGCUGUGCACUGAAUUAGUUACAAAGCAUAAACUCUGUCUUCAUUGCUCUAAUAUUCCUGUCUGAAGAAAUCACUAAGCAGUUUAUUGAAGUCUUGACUGAAGACACAGCACCUUGUAUCUUGUAUAGAAAAAGGUAUUGCCUUGUUUUCUGUACAAAGAAGUAAUAGUGCUAUCCUUGAUGAAGUAAAUACCUUUUUUCAAUGAAGAUGAUACAGAUGAUCUUUACUAAAGAUCAUAAUAUCCAAUUAUACAUGUCCAAAUAGUAAAUGUUAAUUAUAAAUUAUUUAAUGUCUUUCUCCAUCACUGAAUCCCCUCUAAAAGAAGCCUAAUUUACCAUUUCCAGAAAAUAUUUUCUCAUACAAGCUCAACUAAGUUUUAAUGUUUAAAUUGAUUUUUUCUAGAGAUAACAAUUAACAAAAACAUGGUUUAUUUUUCCAGUACUUUGUUUGCAUCCUAAAACAUUUCAAGAAUUCAGAAAUAUUUAUUAACUAAUUCUAAGGGAACAGAGAGAUGUUUGUUCCACAUAUUAAAAUGAAGGACGCUGGUUUACAAAGUUAAAUCAAAAUCUAUCUAGUAAAGAUUGUCUGGCUAAGUAUUAUGGUCCACCUAUGUUCAUGUAACGAGAGUAAUCUUAAAAGUAUCUUAAAAAUAAAUAUGUUUAUGAUUAACAUUUUGUAUUUUCAAGGGAUAUAUUUGCAACAAAUAAAUUAAAAUCUCUUUAACCUAGGGCAUCACUGGAGGUUUGGAAGCCAUACAAGAUCCCUCAACACAUACAAGGUUUUAGAAUGGGCGUAUUAUAUAGGAAUCCCAGUCAGCAUCAGCUUCUUGCUGACCUCUCAGAGAUAAGAGUGCCUCCCAAUGUGAUUCUUGAAUACACAGUAAAAGUACAGUUUCUGUAUUUCACAGUGGGGAUGAAGAAAUCCAAUCCAGAUUGCCAAAUUUUACCGAGUGUAUGAAAUACGUAAGAAACACAAAUGUGCUGCGGGAAGCAAAUUAACAGUUACCCACAACAGCAAACUAUGAACGUUGACCCAAGAACCGCCUGUUCCUAUGCUGUUGUUGCAUUAUUAGUGACGGAGGGGGGUAGAAGUUAAACUCAUAUUCUCCCACUGGUUUUGAGGCAGUAAGACAUCUUUGUCACUCGCCCUGCAACACAGCAGAAUCAUUUCGUUGCUUAAUCUGUCAUAACUGAAAUUCCACAUGACUUUAUUAAAAAAAUGUGGCUUUUCAAGCCUCUGGUAUAGAAAAAACAUGGAACAAAACCAGAAUUAAACCUUUUCCUUUGCUUAUAGCACGAUCUCAUCUGAUAAUUGGUCCUAAUUUGUCAGCAUAGAGACAUGUUUAAGUUCUAAGUGGGAAGCAGGUGAGAAAUAGCCUUUUCCGAUCUUUUCCCUUCUUUUCAAUAUUAUUCAAGUAAUUUCUUCUCAUAGCCAUCUUUGCUUAUCUUCUUCAUAUACAAGCAUCUCUAAGUUAUCAACAUCCUGGUUGGAGACUCUCCAUUAAUCUUUACUUCUUUAAUAGCUUUUCAUAUUUUAUUGAUUUUUUUUUUAACCCUUAAACCCUAUACAGUAAAUCAUCUAUUUCUGUGGCGCUUUCCCCACACAAAAACUAUCCAGCACAACUACAUCAAUUUACUUUAUUGUUUUAGCCUGUUGAUGAAAACGACGUUAAGGAAUGAAGCCUUUCUUUAUCAUUGUGUCCGAUUCACACACUAAUUUAUAGUGCCUCUGUGCUGACAGGAUACUGGCUGCUUUGGUUGGUUUUUCUUCCCCUUGAGAGGUGUUCUGUGGAUUUCUAUGCAUCUUGAGCAUUCAAACUCACUUCUACACAGAAGUGCUUAAGAAAGAAAUCCUUCCUUACAGCUGUCAAGCAAAUAAGCUCCUCUUCUUCCCAUCUGAGGAAAAUUAGGUUUCCUAAUACACCACAUUAAAUCUCUCAAGUAAAAUCUGUUAAAGAAAUUCUGUCCCAUUAUGCAGGAAAAAUUCCAGCAGGGAGGAACUGGCUUAUCUGGUGUAAGUAGAGGCUUCCAGAACUGGGAUACUGCCAGAACAGUGUGGCUGAACAGGCAGCAUUAAGUGUAAUUUUAACUUCCACAUUGCUUUCUUACUUCCAUUUCCCCCUUCUCCUAAGACAUCAUACUUUCUAACAGGACUGUUGCAUUUAUUUCUGUUCCUUUCUCUCCAUGUUAAACUCCCAGUUUCAGGUCACGGCUGUUAUAAUUUCUCUUUAUCUUCUUCACUUCUCUGUGCUAUUUAUUUAAUUUUCCUUCUGCUGCUCUGUUUCCAUCUAUGCUUGGUCUUGUACACUCAGUACCGUUCACCACUCACUUCAUUUGACUCCUUUAUGAUGACCCAAAUCUUACUCAAUGAUUUGACAUUACAAAUGGAUUUAUGUAGUAAAAUGGAAGCUGCUGUUUAAGAGAUGGAGAAAGAACAAGUUUUUAUAUAAUUUACGCUUGAAAUAUCAAUUUUUAUUUUUUCUCCUAAUUUUUUUAUUGCAAAGUAUGUGUGGAUGUAUCCCUGAUAAUAUAAUGUGAUGGCAAUCAUAUAGACAACUUUCAUAAUUUAAUGAACAAGACUGAUAUCCGCUCAACUUCUUUUAGGAGUUAAUUUGAUAUAUUAGUUGCCUCAAAGAAACUGUGCCACGGAGCUGCCUAACUGCUGUUCUCUUAAGGAAAUUCUGAACUUAAUUGCAGCACCCUCACAUGGUCUCUCUUAAAAAGCAGUAUCCCAAAAAACUACAACUUUCCAAUAUUUAUGUAAAGAACGGUAGCUGAGCAAGUGCAGUGAAAUACUUAAUGAAAUACAUGGCAUCAUAAAUAUGGAAGAACUUUUAUGAACAAAUCUUUAAUAUACAAAGUUCUCAAGAAUGGGGCCCUUCCAUUUCAAAUACCUGAAGGUUUCUGAUGACUGUAAAUAGGGGCUUAUCUAUUUUGCAUUUAAGUAAAUAUGAAUAAAAUACUGUAUAUAUGCAAGAUAAAAAUCAGCCUACUGAUGUAAAAAGAAUUUGCAAAGAAUUUAUUAAAUUAUUUCUUAAAGUGUAUCAUUUAAAUGUAAACCUCUGAACAGUAAAGUGUACUGUAUGUUUCUGUAUGUAUAUACUGUAUACUAGAA